AUGUACACACGCGGUCCCAACGGUCUCAACGUCACGUCGCUCUCCCAAGGCUGCGUCCUUGAAAAUGGCGCCCGCCGUGGGAACCGAGGGGAGAACUUCCGGUCCUUGGGAACCGAGGGGAGAACUUCCGGUCUAAGGCCAGAGGCGGGAGACAUGCUGUAUUUCGUCGUCGAGGACCGGCUCAAAUCAGGAAGUGUGGACUUCGUGAGAGAUGAGGCCUGUUCAGGGCCCAGGCUGAGCGGGGGAGCCAGGCUGCACCUCACCCGAGGGAAACACCAGGAGUCCGCGCGGAUCCCAGCUCUGGUGGCUCUGAGUGGAAUUAUCAGUGGCCCUGCUGGAACUCAGGGGGCCGCAGCAGGGAAGGGCUCUGAGACUCCAGCCAUGACUUCUCGGGGAGACAACAGGAUAGCAAACUCAGUCUACUUUUUGGAAGUGUUGGAGACUGAUGCUGCCCAGCGUCUCCAGGAAAUUAGAAACCGAACCAGUGCCUCUGACUUCUUGCUCCUGGGCUUCUCUGAACACCCAGAGCAGCAGCCCCUCCUCUUUGGGCUCUUCCUGGCCAUGUACCUCGUCACCCUGGUGGGGAACCUGCUCAUCAUCCUGGCCAUAGCUUCUGACCAGCACCUCCACACCCCCAUGUACUUCUUCCUGGCCAACCUGUCCUUCAUUGACACCUGCUUCUCCUGCACCAUUGUCCCCAAGGUGUUGGUGAACAUCCACACCCAGCACCACACCAUCUCCCAUGCUGGGUGCCUCCUGCAGAUGUACUGCUUCAUGGCACUGGCCCUGCUGGAUGAUUUCCUGCUGGCUGUGAUGGCAUAUGACCGCUACGUGGCCAUCUGUCUUCCUCUACACUACAUCACAAUCAUGUGUCCCCAGCGCUGCCUGGGGCUAGUCACUGCAUCCUGGCUCUGCUCCCACCUCCUGGCCUUCUCACUCACUCUCCUGAUGUCUCAGCUCUCCUUCUGUGCCUCCCACUCCAUCCCACACUUCUUCUGUGAUCUUCUCCCACUCCUCAAAUUGGCCUGUUCAGACACCCAUAUCUUUCAGGUCAUGAUGUUCACUGAAGCAGCCCUUUCAGGGGUGAUCCCUCUCACCUGUGUCCUGGUCUCUUAUGCCCACAUCAUCCACACCAUCCUCAGGGUCCCCUCUGCUGGGGGGAAGCACAAAGUCUUCUCUACCUGUGGCUCUCACCUGUCAGUGGUCACUCUCUUCUAUGGGACAGUCUUUCUGGUGUAUUUCCAGCCCUCAUCCUCCUACUCAGCAGACACUGGAAUGGUGGCAUCUGUGGUAUACACAACGGUGACCCCCAUGCUGAACCCCUUUAUCUACAGCCUGAGGAACAGGGACAUGAAGGGGGCUUUGUGGAGACUCUUGAGUUGGGGAAGAUGUUCCAGCCCAUAA